GCUAUCUCGGUCUAUUACGACCCACGUACUCUCUGGACACAGAAUCUCACUGAACCCUCGAUCAAACGCAUACUACAGUCACAAUGUAUCCUUCACAGGGGAUGAUGUUUACCGAAUUCUCUUUGGAUCAACAAUCAUUUCGUGACUUAAACAGACACGAAAAAAGUUUGGGUUUACUGACCGAAAAAUUUGUUCAGUUGCUGAAGGAGGCUCCGGAUGGAAUUCUGGAUUUAAAAAUGGCUGCUGAUUUCUUGGCUGUCCGCCAGAAACGAAGAAUCUAUGAUAUCACCAACGUGCUUGAGGGUAUUGGUUUGAUAGACAAGCGGACAAAGAACAGCAUACAGUGGAAGGGUGGCAGUGCCUCUACCAACGGGCCAGACAUACAGGCUCGCUUAGAUGAACUUCAGGCUGAAGUUGAAUAUUUGGAAAAUUUGGAAAAGAAGGUGGACGAACAUCGAUCCAAAGUCCUGCAAUCACUGAAGAAUGUGCAGGAAGAUUUGGACAAUUUACAAUAUGCCUAUGUCACCCAUCAAGAUCUUAUAAAUAUCUUUCAAGAUCGUACGAUGCUGCUUAUCCGUGCACCACCCGGCACGCGUCUGGAAGCACCAGUUCCCGAGAACCCGGUAGAACAACCGGUGCAAUCGCUAUUCACACCCAAGCGGUCUUAUAAAGUCCAUGUCAAAAGCUAUACCACUCCUAUUCAUGUCCUACUGGUCAACCAAGAGGAGGGUAGCGAAAGGGCUCGCGUCGUGUCCGUCCCUCCCGGGACCGAGAACAACACCAUAAACCGGCGUCCAUUGAACACCACACGAAAUGCUGAUGACAACACAUUGGUCAGCCCACUUCUACCAUUAAGCCCGCCACCAGGAGAAAGCGAUUUCCAGUACAACCUCGACGAAGUUGAGGGAGUGUGCGACCUUUUUGAUGUCGCAGUUGUUCCGGCAAACAGUGCUCAACCCAGUGUGACCGUCAGUGAUUCCUCGUGACAUUGUGUCAUCAAGCCCAAGCACCAAUCCCUUUUAAAAUGUAUAAAAUAAAUAUUAAAUGUAAAUAUACUUAUUGAAACUGCGG